GCAAAGUCCAAGGCGGAGGCGCGUCGCAAAUGACGGAGACGAGACGAUUGAGAGGUCACACGGACACCGCCACGUGCUGUAUCGCCUCACGUGACAGGCCCGGCCUUGUCGCCACUUCCGCCGAAGAUGGCUGCGUUUGUUUGUUUGAUAUGCGAUGCAAAGAUGUGAAAUUUGUCAUGGAUGCUUGCAACGAACCGAUUUCAUCCCUUUGCUUCAACUCGGGAAAUGAGAAUAUCAUCUAUGUUUCUGCUGGAAAUGAUGUCAAGUGCUUUGAUGUGCAUAUGUUAGCAGAUAACUCGUGGAAGCCUUUGGAGAGAUAUAACUAUAAUAAAGAAGAGAUAAAUCAGGUUACUUGUAAUUCCAAAUCAUCUUUCCUUGCUGCUGCCGAUGAUGGUGGUGAGAUUAAGAUCAUAGACAUUCGCCAGAAACGUAUUUCCAAGACCUUGAGAUCUGGACAUACAAGCAUCUGCAGCAGUGUCCAAUUCAUUCCUUGGAGACCUUGGGAAGUCAUUACUGGCGGUCUUGAUUCAAAGCUUAUCACAUGGGACUUCUCAAAAGGGCGCCCACUCAAAAUUGUGGAUUUUGGCUUGCCUGACAUGAGGAGUGGUAGUAAUGCUGGACAAUGUUUAAAUCCAGCUUUUGUUCACUCAAUAAAAGUUCCAGAUGUUGAUAUGUUGGACAAAUUAGGCAAAUUAUGUGUUGUGGCUAGGGGUGAUGGUGUUAUUGAUGUGAUUGAUAUGGAAUCAGAACUUACAGCCAUGAAGCCAAAAAGUUCAUCGAAAUCCCAUAAAGGAACUCGGUCUGUGUCCAAAGGCAGUGAUGGUGGAGUUCCAGAUGAUAAUGGAAAUAAAUGGUUGCAUUUAGAUUACUCUUUAGGUGGUCAUACUGCCGCGGUGUCUUGUGUGGCAUUUUCGUUGUUUGGAGAGAGGGGGAGGUUUCUAGUAUCAGGCGGAAAUGAUAAGUUGGUCAAAGUAUGGGAUUGCUCUAAGUGUCUUGAUUCGUGGCAGAUUGGAGAUAACAAUGAGCUUCUACAUUUGAACAUCAAUUUAAGCAAAAAGGUUAAUUGGCUAUGUACAACUCCAGCGGAAUCAGACAACCUUGUCAUCUGUGACACAACCAAAGUAGUGAAGGUCUACACCAUUUCCUAAAUCAAAGCUGCAGUUUAUUACUAUUUCUGGAGAAUGUCGUUGCUAAAGAUCAACUCGGUAUAGACAUCACCAAUCAAUCAAGAUAGGCUUGCUCCACCGGCGCUUCAUUAGCUACACCUCCGAUUCAGAGCACUAGGAAAUUAGCUAAGCUUGUAGUAGUUGGUUCUAAUGAGUGUAUCUUUGUUGAAGAAAAUAGAAUGAGACAAAUAUAAGUAAUGCACCAUGGUAAU